CCUUCUCCCAUAUUCUUUCAAGAGGAAGAGUGAACUACUGAGCUCCACUGGCAUUCCCAGACCCGGAAGUUCUUUUCUUUUGGGUUGUUAUCAUAUAUUAUUAUUAUUGUUAUUAUUUAAUUGUUUAGUUUAUGUUAAUUUAGGUUUCCUAGUUUAUAUUGAUUUUGGUUCUGCUUAUAUUUCCUUUAUUAAAUUUAGGUUUCUUUUGUCUUUAGGCUUUAGUUUGGCUCUAUUCCCUAAUAUCUUCUCCCACGCAAUACAUUGAAUAAUAUCGUAUCGAAACAGUAUUAUCAACCUUGCAGCUAUGGUUGAUUCAAGUUAUGGAAUUUGAGAGUAUACAAUGCCUCUGUAUUUAUUUUUUCUCUCACUCUGUCAACUAAACUUUUUAUUUGAUUGCGUUGUUGUGUUUUGCAGAUUGGUUGUGGAAGAAGUGGGUCUGAAAUAAGGCUGGGAAAGGGGAAGUCAUACUUGGCUAUUUACUAAUCCUAUUUUUCUUGGGGGGUUUUAUGUAAAGUAUUGAUUUUUCUUCUGGGUUCCGUGGGACUGAAAUAAGGCUGUUGAAGUCAUUCGGCGAUUCCUCAUACUUGGCUAUUGCUACAAGUAUAUUUUCUGGGUGGGUUUUUGUAAAGUUCUCAUUUUUCUUCUGGGUUCCGUUUUGAAGUGGGACAGAAAUAGUCACGAGCUGAUUCCUCAUACUUGGCAAUCUACUAAAACUAUUCUUGAUUGGUUUUAUGCAAAGUUUUCUACUUUCUUCUGUGUUCCGUUUUUAUCUUUCUUGUUUACAAUAACUCAGUGUAGUGUAGUGUAGAGAAACAUAUGUGCUAGGACUCCAUGUGUUUGUAUAACCAAACCCACUCAUUAUUUCUUCCUAGGUCAUAUAGCAUCAGAUAUAACAACUAUACUGCAAAGAAAAGAUUGUUUGAUGGAAAUCUACUCCUGAAAGCGCAUUUCAUCAUGGCAAUUAACUCAGCUGAAAACCAAAGAGAAAACCCAGGUAAGCAUCCCAGAGAAACAGAAAUUGAAGAAGACAUCUCAAGCUUCUUCACAUGCGAGAUCUGCAUAGAACCGGUGGCUAUGAGCAAGAAAUUCAAGAACAAAAAGGACUGCACACACCCUUUUUGCCAGGGCUGCAUAGCCAAAUACAUAGAAAUGAAGCUCCAAGAAAACACUACUUCGGGUGGGAACAUAUACUGCCCUGGACUGAACUGUUCCUGCAUUCUGGAUCCGCGAUCUCAUGCAGGCCUACAAUCUCACCUGGUGUGUUGGUGUGAUUUUCUCUGCGACUCAGCUGUUUUAAGCUCUGAGAGGAGCUACUGCCCUAACAGGAAUUGCUUGGAGUUGGUUGUGAAUGAGUGUUUGUGGAGGCAAAGUGUAAGAAACUCUUUUGCUUCCGGUGCAAGACUGCAUGGCAUGGAUAAAAUUUUAAGAUGCAAAGAGAGUAGAGAUGGGGAUGAUCAUGAUAUUCUGUUUGCUAAGCUCAUGAAGAGGAUGAAAUGGAGAAGGUGUCAUCAUUGCGUGGAGCGUAAUCAUGGUUGUCCUCAUAUUGUUUGCAGAUGCGGGACGCUUUUUUGCUACCUUUGUGGGAGAAGGCUCUCCAUCUCUCACCGGUGCUGGCAGUCGCAUUUCUUUGACACUGAUAUGCUGAUGGAUGGGGGAUUUCUGAUUUGUAUGAUCGUUGCCACUGCUUCUGCUUUGCUGUGUGUGAUCUGUACUUCCUCAAAUGACACAUGCCUUCCGACCAUUUUAGGAUGUGUUCACUCUUAGUGGUGCCCAAGUUGAUCUCGAAUUUCAAA